AUGGGACAGAUGGGGAAUCCUGGGAUUGUGUGUGUCUAUUUGCUUGCGUCUCCCCGGGCCCCUCGACUCGUCCCCGAGCCGUUUUUUUGGCUCAGGGAACGCCUGGCCUGCCGUCAGCCGGGGCAGCGGCUCAAGGCGCCCGUCCGCAGGCAGCGCCCGCCGCCUCGAAGCCGCGGGGAUGAGCGCCCCUCCGCCCCAGACAGGCGACUCCCCCGCGGGCGGCGGGUUGCGGCGAAGGCCGGGGCUGCCGACGGAGGGCGCGCAGGUGCACUACGACUGGCGCGUGGUGCCAGGCGGCGAGGGGGACGACGACCAGGACGGUGCGGACGACAUGGUCUUCGAGGAGGAGUACCCGACCAAGCUCCAGGAGUACUUCAACAUCUUCUGCGACUACGUGUUUUGGAUUCUGCUCGCAUACUGCGCCUCGAACCUGCUGCUUUGGGGCGGGGAGAAGGCUGGACUCAUAUCGCCUCAGUACGAGGAAUGGAGCCCGAUUCGGUGGUGGCAUAGCAACCCGCACGAGGUUCAGAAGGAGCUCUUCCAGAAUGCCACCAUGAACACGGGCACCUCCGAACAGUUUGACAGCCUCAAGAGGUGGAUCGAGGGCGGCCCCGGCGGGUGGGUCAGCCCGAAGUUGUUUGUGUCGGACUAUCUGAGCGAGCGGGGCCGCUAUGACCGGCGGCUGGAGGUGCGCGAGCCUGUCGAAAAAGACGAGGUGUUGGUCAGGCUGCCGCUGUCCCACGUGUUGUCCGCCGACUUCUGCCAGCAGGAUAUCACCGACAGCACCAUCCGCCAGGUGGUUGACGCUCAGAAACGGAGCUCCGAUCCCAUCGACAUCAAUCCGUGGACAUGGAUCACAUUGUACAUGAUCGCGCACGCGCGCAAGGGCGCAUCGGGUGGCUCCAGCAGUACCCAGCGAUUCGACAGCCUGCUGAAAGGGGAGUACAUCGACGCGUCGCUAUCGUACCUGCCAGUGUUCUGGGACGACGAGAAUCUUCACUGGUUAAACGGCACCGACCUGCUCGACGUGCACGUGCUUGAUGUGCAUGCCGCGAUCGAGACCGAGUAUCACAAGCUGACGUACCUUGUCAGUUCCAUCGAGAACGAGAUCCCAAUCAUCGAUUUCAAAAAAUGGGCAAUGGUGGUGAUGUCGCGCGGCGAGACCGUCAACUUACCAGACCGCGAGAACAAGACCAGGACAGUCCCACAGCUCGCGAUCAUGCCCUUGAUCGACCUCGUCGAUCACCACCUGCCCAUGCCAGAGCACCCGCUCUUCACCGACGACGACCUUCACAAGACCCAGGAGAGCGGGUCCCGCACCAACAUCUCCUACAACACGGAUCUCGCGGCCGUCGUCCUGAAAGCGCGCGAAAACAUGGAGGGCAAGUCGGCCGUCACAGUCGGUUACGGGGUGCGCUCGAACGCGGACUACCUGCUGUACCACGGCUUCACGAUGGGGCGAGAAUGGAGCGAUUUGACCUUGUGCACCCAGUAUGCGACCAUCGAGCUGCCCUUGCCGUCCGACCUCCCGACCUGGAAGUCCAGGUUUCUUGCGCACCCGUACCGCUUCGCCGUGCCAGCCUGCCCCAACCGCAAGUCGACGCCCCAUGUCAUCGUGGGCGCUGCCCGGUUCUUGGAGGCCACCGAGGACGACGUGGUCGAUUUUGAGAAGAUCCUGGCGAAGGACCCCAGCCUGGUCGACGGGCCAGUGGUGUCCAAGGAGGGCGGGUUCAUGGCACACGGCGCACGGGAGGCGGUCGCCGCGGUCUGCGACACCACCGCGCAGCCGCCCGUGUGCCGGGCCCCGCUGUCGCUCACCAGCGAGCUGGCGGCCUGGGAGCUCAUCCGGAAGCAGACCGUGGCGAGGGUGGCGAAGCACAUCGGGUCCAUCAAGGAGGACGAGCGCCUCCUCGACGACGACGACAAGCGGAACCACCUCACGGUCAACCAGAGGCACGCCGUGAUCGCCCGGCGCGAGGAGAAGGAUGCGUACAAGAACGACGUGAACCACCACAUAGAGGUUCUUGCGACUUUGGUGGUGGCUACGCGGAGAUCUGGUGCAGAGGAUCAACCAUCAAUCGAGCACAUUGUGGUCCUGAAGUAUGCGAUCGCAGCACUGGACCCAAUCAGCACCAGAAUGGCGCAAACCAAAUACGAGAUCGCGAUGACCACAGAGCAGAUUGAGAAGUUAGAUCACAAGAUCCAGGAGCUCCAGACGCAAAGAGAAGAGAUGGCACAGAAAGUAUCAGGGCGAAUGGAAAAUAUGCAGGACCUGGAGGCCAUGGAGGAGGAAGAGAAGACGAUGAAGCAACAGGAGGCCAGCGGCGGCAUCACCUUUCAUGGCAACACACGGCAUGGCAACGGGGCCAUCAACUACGGCAAGGGGAUGAACCCCCCGGCCGAGAUUCAGCAGCUCAUGCAGAUGUGGAUGCAGCAGCAGCACCAGGUCGAGCAGCAGGCGAGCGAGGACGACAGGAUGGUGGACGCGGAUUUCAGCGGCCUGGUCUGCGAAGGCACCGCGGCCCCUUUGCCAGCAUCGGCGAUGGCAUCAGCAGCAUCGGCACCAGUUGGGGGAAUUCUGACAGCGCAGCAGAUCGCAGAACUCCAGAAGACGAACAACAUGCAGCCGAUCAUGGUAUCUCAAUCGGGCCCGCCGCAGGCCCUGUACCAGCGGGGCGCCAUCUGGGGACCGACGCAGAUGUGGAGCAACCCGAACAGCCAGCAGCAGGUUAUCUCUCUGUGCUCGCAGCCAGAGGCAGUCGCCUUCGUGGACCCAGCGCAGCUGGCACCAACGCAGCCAGCAUCUCAGCAGGAGCUGAUUCAGGGCCCGAAGGAGAGCCUCACGGACGACAUCUGA